AUGCUUGAAACGUUUUACAGUGUGAGAAGAAUAUUUUUCCUGAUCAUUGCCGUUAUUGGUGUUCCUGUGAAUUUAGUGGCGAUUGUGAUCCUGUCCCGGAGAAAGUGCGGACUCUCCUCCUGCACCACUCGCUACCUGGUGGCCAUGGCAACGGCGGAUCUACUCACCAUCACCUUUGACGUCGUACUGUGGCGGGUCAGUUAUUAUUACUUCCCCGGGACUUUCCUGGACAUCACCCCCGUGUGCAGUGCGAUCUCUGCCCUGGGACUGGCCGGCACAGAAAGUUCUGUCUGGUUCACCGUCACUUUUACGUUUGAUCGCUUUGUCGCUAUCUGUUGCCAGAAGAGGAAAUCGACAUAUUGCACCGGGAAAAUUGCGGCUGUGGUUCUGACAUCAACCGGCGUUCUGCUCUGCUUUAAGAAUGUGCCCCAUUUCUUCAGAUAUCGUCCUGUGAAAGUGGUUGGCAAUAUACCCUGGGACUGUAUUCGAAGGCCUGGCUACUAUACUGAUCCCGGGUGGUUGGGAUACAGAAUGUUUUCUACCGUUCUAACGCCAUUACUCCCGUUCAUAUUAAUACUACUGCUCAACGCUCUGACAGUCAGACACAUUCUAGUGACGAGUCGCGUUCGUAAGGGGCUGAGGGGUCAGAACAAGGAGAAGAACGGCAGUGAUCCGGAGAUGGAGAGCAGGAGGAGGUCUGUGAUCUUACUUCUCACCAUCUCUGGAAAUUUCAUCAUCCUGUGGUCGGUAAAUGUUGCCGAAUACCUUUAUAACAGCAGUGCUGGACUGGAUCAAAAUAAUUACAACGAUGCAGAAUACAUAGUUGAACACUCCGGAUACAUGCUGAUGAUAUUAAGCUGUUGCACAAACACAUUUAUUUAUGGGGUAACUCAGUCCAAGUUCAGAGAGCAGUUCAUCAGCGCAGCGAAAUAUCCGCUCACGGCAAUCAUUCAGCUGGUUAAUAAACAAAAUAUCUAA